AUGUAUAACAGUGCAAGUGGGAGUGCUAUGUAUAACAGUGCAAGUGGGAGUGCUAUGUAUAACAGUGCAAGUGGGAGUGCUAUGUAUAACAGUGCAAGUGGGAGUGCUAUGUAUAACAGUGCAAGUGGGAGUGCUAUGUAUAACAGUGCAAGUGGGAGUGCUAUGUAUAACAGUGCAAGUGGGAGUGCUAUGUAUAACAGUGCAAGUGGGAGUGCUAUGUAUAACAGUGCAAGUGGGAGUGCUAUGUAUAACAGUGCAAGUGGGAGUGCUAUGUAUAACAGUGCAAGUGGGAGUGCUAUGUAUAACAGUGCAAGUGGGAGUGCUAUGUAUAACAGUGCAAGUGGGAGUGCUAUGUAUAACAGUGCAAGUGGGAGUGCUAUGUAUAACAGUGCAAGUGGGAGUGCUAUGUAUGGGAACAGUGCAAGUGGGAGUGCUAUGUAUAACAGUGCAAGUGGGAGUGCUAUGUAUAACAGUGCAAGUGGGAGUGCUAUGUAUAACAGUGCAAGUGGGAGUGCUAUGUAUAACAGUGCAAGUGGGAGUGCUAUGUAUAACAGUGCAAGUGGGAGUGCUAUGUAUAACAGUGCAAGUGGGAGUGCUAUGUAUAACAGUGCAAGUGGGAGUGCUAUGUAUAACAGUGCAAGUGGGAGUGCUAUGUAUAACAGUGCAAGUGGGAGUGCUAUGUAUAACAGUGCAAGUGGGAGUGCUAUGUAUAACAGUGCAAGUGGGAGUGCUAUGUAUAACAGUGCAAGUGGGAGUGCUAUGUAUAACAGUGCAAGUGGGAGUGCUAUGUAUAACAGUGCAAGUGGGAGUGCUAUGUAUAACAGUGCAAGUGGGAGUGCUAUGUAUAAUAGUGCAAGUGGGAGUGCUAUGUAUAAUAGUGCAAGUGGGAGUGCUAUGUAUAAUAGUGCAAGUGGGAGUGCUAUGUAA